AUGCUCAGCAAGAUCGGAGUCCUCACUGGCGCCUUGCUCGGGGCCCUUCCCAUGACUUUGGCAUGCUUGGGUUAUGAGGGUGGUUUGCCCAAGCCCACUUCCAACAAACAAAUUUCUGCUCCCAUCUAUGUCAAAUCUGGCGAGGUGUUUGACGGCGGUUGGGCCAAGUAUGAUAGAAGCCCCACCUCAUGCAGAGAGCAGGUGGAAGGAGGUGAGAAAGACACGGCUUUCGUUUUGCAGAAGGGUGCCACUCUGCGAAAUGUCAUCAUUGGAAAGACGGCCGGGGAGGGCGUGUACUGCUUGGGAGGGGGGUGCAACAUCGAAUUUGUCUGGUUCGAAGAUGUUUGCGAGGACGCCAUCUCUAUCAAGAAUGACAAAGCUGGUGACGUUACCUGGAUUGUUGGAGGAGGAGCCUACCAUGCAGCCGACAAGAUCAUCUAG